AUGGGCACGCAUCGGCUUCGAAAAGAAUACGGCACGCACGAAGGACGCCGCGAGCUUGCUAAACAAUACGAUCUAUUUCUGGUUGAUAACCGCGUGUCACCGAUGAUGCCCAAGCUAUUGGGUAACACCUUUCUUCAGGCGAGAAAGAUGCCUCUGCAAGUCGACAUUCGUAGCGGCAACCUCAAUGGCAUUUCGAAGGCCCUUCGUUCUACCGCAUUCACAUUGCGACAGGGCACUAGCUCUACGUUGCGUGUUGGCAAAAUCGACCUCACCCUCGACCAAAAUGUCGAGAAUGUCCAUAUGGCUGUGGACGGAGUUGUCAAGCGCUUGCCGGGGGGAUGGGAUGAUGUGCAAUCGCUCAUUAUCAAGACUAAUAAGUCCCCGGCUCUUCCUAUAUUUUCUGCCCUACCGACUAUGUCUAAAUCUCUCUUGCGCUAUGAGAUGAAAAGUGCGAACAAGUCUGGCGACUCAACGAAAGCGCGUGAGAAAGAUCAUAUGGAGCAAAUUACUGGCGAUCCUGUAGUUGCCACAGCAAAAGACUCUUCCAUGGACGCCGAGAGCAAACCGGGAGAAGUGCCUGAAGGGAAGGCACCAUCACUCCCAUCUACCCAAGAAACCGCAUCCGGAACGAAAAAGUCAAAGAAAAAGGCACCGCGAAAGGGCACCAAGCGAGCGGGUAAGCGCAGCGCAUCCGAAAACUCCAAUAACAAGGAUGAGGUGAACGGAGACGUCGCAGUACACAAAGAGACAGGAAACGAAAAGACUGGCGAUUAUGACAGUCCUGGUGAGAACAUCCGCACCACAGAAAACGAAGAGGAAGUUGAGCAGCCCAUAGUUCAGACGGAAGCCUCUAAGAAGUCACAAAAGAUGGAUAAGCGCGUAGAGAAAAAGGCGAAAUCUAAAGACGUGUCACGAGAGGUCCACAGCGCGCUGGGCAACGAGACAGAAUCGAAGGUCCAAAGAAAGUCGGCAAGGCGGUCGAACAAGUCUCCUGCCAAAAAGAACGCAAACGAUGAGGGCGUCUUGGUUGAAAAGCAAGCGAACAUUCCCGUCACCAAGAAAGGGAAGGCAAGCAAAGGUAUGACUAAGAGGAAGAAGGACAGUUCCGAUCCGAGCAACGAAGCCGAUGCUACUGUCGACAGCGAUGCAGCCACCAAGCCGAGUGAAACUGAGAAACGCCCUGCUUCCGCAAGAAGGGUGAAACGCGGUCAAUCAAAGCUUGAUGAAUCUAGCGCAAAAGCUGCAAGACGCUCGGAGGUGAAAACUGCCGAUGCGACACCGAUCGCGACAAGGCGGACUCGCCCUCGGUCUGCUUCAAGCAAUGAGACGCCUGUUGAACGGACAAAGUCAGUGCGAAAGACGAAAUUGACGGCUGCCGAUGAAGAGUCGCAGACGCUACCGAUAAGGCGGUCCGCCAGGAAGCGUGCGCCUCCUACUGAAGUCUACGAUAUGGAUUCAAAGGCAGCGCCCAGAUCCCCGAAACAGACGCCUUCCCGCUCCAUUCGCAAGGUGAGGAAAGCUAAAAAGUAGCUUUUUGGAAUUAGCAAUGCGAGAAGUGGUACUCGUCAUAAAAAUAGUUGAAAGAUAUACAUGUAUACUGAAGUAUAUUUUGCUUUGUUCA